CCUUAUCUAUUUAUCCAUCUUCAUGUAAAACAUGAAACCUGCUUUAGCUGAUUACUGUAUUCUAGUCCUCUCAUUUAUCUGUGUAUUCAAAUCAGAGAAAUGUGUUGUCCAGGAAGAUAUUGGAAAGCAGAAGGUGUUUGAAGAAAACAAUCCUUUUAGGCUUGAUUGCCCAUUGGACAGAAUUCCAAACUCUACCCUGAACUGGUACAUGAAUGGAAAUGAUACACCUUUAAGUACACAGCCUCUUUCAAGAGUAUUCCAAGAGAAAACCAGCCUCUGGUUUAUCCCUGCCAUAGCUCAAGAUUCAGGAUUGUAUCAAUGUAUUAUAAGUUCUGAUUUAGCCAAAAACCAUGCAGCUUUUGCUUUGUUGAUAUUACUACUGAUUAUACCUGUAUUAAUCUGCAUCUUGUUCAAGAUUGAAAUUGUCCUUUGGUAUCGGAAAUCAUGUCGCUCUUUUUUUCAUAAAAAAGUUUCAGAUGGAAAAACCUAUGAUGCAUAUGUGUUAUAUCCAAAAAUCAGCAGCCAAGUUGACUUUGUACUGAAAGUACUGCCUGAUGUUCUGGAAAAACAGUGUGGAUACAGUCUCUUUAUACCCGGCAGGGAUGAUUUGCCAGGAAAAGCAUUAGUCAACGUUGUUGAUGAAACCAUUGGGCAAAGCAGGAGGCUGAUAAUGAUUCUAGUACCUGGGUUGUCCAGCUCAGAAGAGGCUCCUGAGCAGAAUAUAGCUGUGUAUCACGCUCUUAUACCUGAUGGAAUGAAAACUAUCCUGAUCGAAAUGAGUAAGAUAAAGGAUUACAGCCACAUGCCAGAGUCCAUUAGAUACAUCAAGCAAAAGCAGGGAGCUAUCAGAUGGAAAGGGGACAUCCCGAAGAAAGACUCUUCUUCUGCAAAUAGUUCCUUCUGGAAAAAGGUCAGAUACCGAAUGCCACCAGAACAUCAAGUCUUCCAAGAACUAGCUUUGAUGCCAGUUCCUUGUAGCAUCUCCCAGAUGAUAGAAGCAUAGUCUUGAGAUUAUUUCAGAAUCCCUCUGG